GCACCAUGGUAAAACCACUCUGGCUGACUGCUUGGUGGCGAGUAACGGAAUCAUAUCCAGUCGACUGGCUGGGAAGCUGAGGUAUCUGGACAGCAGAGAGGAUGAACAGAUCAGAGGAAUCACCAUGAAGUCCAGUGCCAUCUCUCUGCACCACAGAAACGGAGAUCAGGACUACUUGCUGAACCUGAUCGACUCUCCUGGUCACGUGGACUUCUCCUCAGAAGUGUCCACUGCUGUCCGGCUGUGUGACGGGGCCAUCGUGGUGGUGGAUGCUGUGGAGGGAGUGUGUCCACAGACCCAGGUGGUGCUGCGUCAGGCCUGGCUGGAGAACAUCAGGCCCGUUCUGGUCAUCAAUAAGAUCGACCGCCUCAUCCUGGAGCUGAAGCUCUCCUCUCAGGAAGCUUUCAUCCACCUGCAGAAGAUCCUGGAACAGGUACCUCGUCGGAGUACUUCGCGGGUGGGGACUCAGUACCUGUCGGAGUGGGACUUCGGGGUGGGACUUGUACCUGGGCGGAGUGGACUUCGGGUGGGACUCAGUACCUGUCGGAGUGCGACUUCCGGUGGUGGGGACACAUCUAACCUGGCGGAGUACUUCGGGGUGGCAAGCUACCGCGACGUUUGUGGCAUGAACAAAGGAACCAGUCCUCUUUUCCAUCUCGACCCUCAGGCAGGCGGGAGGGAGGUCGGGCCGCGAGAGAGACUUAUCUACCGGUGGUUGUCAACAGAGGAAGAGUGGUUCGACGAAGAGACACAGAACAUCGGGUCAGGGGUUGUCGGAACACGUCCAGAUGUGUCAGAACCAGGGACUCCAGGAAAAACUGUCGAGAAACCGAGAACAGACAGGAAGGAAGAUGGGACCAUUCAUCUGCUCGGGAUGCUUGGGAUCCUGGCCGUCUGCCCUCCCCGACCCCGACCGCCCGGCAAGUGGAGCAUGCGGGCUGUUGUGGGCCGCGGCGGGGGGGCUGAGUGGGGGGCGGAGAGGACCACAGAUGCCCUAAAUGACUUGGCAUGA